UGGUGAUGGACGUUGCGAACUAUGACGUGAGUGCUCAUUCUUUGCGUGUCGCGGUUGCCCCGCAACGAGGCGACUUACAAACACGAGUUUUACAUUCUUUUGCGUGCUAUAUCACUGCGGUCGUAGCCCAGCAAGCCCCUCUCAACCACCACAUUCGACUUUCCACCAACAAACUUUGAUUUCAGAAAUAACUCUACCACAAACCGCCCGAAGCCAUGUCGUCCAACGUACUCAGCAACCGCGACACCAACACCCAGGUCAAGCCUACCCUAUCACCGGAGCAAGACCAGCCCAAGAGCCUUGAAUACCACCGUCAGGUUCUGCAUUCGCGUAUGCAGGAUGAGCCGGAGCAGAAAUACGUAUCCCCGUCAGAUGAGAUCAUGUCGCCAGCUACACAGAAGCUGAGUGACUUCCGCAGCAAGCACGUCAUGAAGAAGUCGAAGCCACAGACCCUGUUUAAGAAGACAAGCUCCAAGAACUUCGAUACAGCUAAGGGCGCAUCUAUGUUCGCCGACAUUCCCAAGAACAGCCCGAAAGAGGACGAGAAGAUGGAUGAGGCUUAGACAUAAGCGCGAUAGGACUCCGUGCGAACAUGUCGACGAUUAGUUGGACAUGAACUCGCUACAUAUUGGCGCUUCUUCUUUACACAAUACCCGUGUUGGCUACACAACUGGUUAGGAUUUCUGGGUUAUUCUUGGGUAGUAUGACUUGGUUCACAGUCUUAGGCGAUCACAGGCUGUUUGGCGUUUGGUUUUGGAUUGGUUACGAAUAACAUGAUUACGCGACUGUAGAACAUUUGGAGGUGAUGAACAAGAAAAUUCACAUGUGUCCUUG